AACGACCGGAAAUACACUCCGCCUGAAUAUGAAGUCUUGCUUUACACUCCAGUGAAUUGCAGUUUUUUUUACUCUGAAACGAUGCGGCUACAUUUACUAUGCAGCGGGUUAAAAUACUGUAACACUGCUGGAUUUAUGGGGCAUGAUUUUCCUUCACGUUAAUCUUUUAAGGUAAAUCUGUGAUCGUAUAAAUAUGGAGACUGAUAUUCAAGUCAUGUUAGAGCAGUUCAUGACCAGCCCUCUUGUUACUUGGGUUAAGACAUUUGGUCAGCUAGGUGACAAAGAAAGCAACAUAUUCUCUGAAUACAUUGAAUUGGUUGGUGGUAUAUUCCUGAACAAAGUCAUGGAACAAAUAAAUCCCAAAGGGACUGGUCAAGGACUAAGCAAAGUAAAUAAUGAUGUCGCUCAGAGAGCUCAAAACCUGUCUGUUCUCAUGUACCACAUCAAAACGUACUACCAGGAAACCCUGCAUCAGCUGAUAAUGGUUUCUCCUCCCAAUGUGCUUCUGCUAGGCAGGAAUCCAGUCUGUGAGGAAAGUCUGGAAGAAAUCAGCAAGUUGCUCUUACUGUUACUUGGAUGUGCUGUACAGUGUGAAAAGAAAGAAGAGUAUAUUGAGAAGAUCCAGAGUCUUGAUUUUGACACAAAAGCAGCAAUCGCAGCUCAUAUUCAAGAGGUGACCCACUGUCAGGAGAACGUGUUCGAUCUGCAUUGGUUGGAAAUGGAGGGUUUGUGUCCAGAUGAAUGGGAAAAUCUUUGCAGAAAUAUGACCUUUAGUCUUAAAAUGCUUGUGGACCAGAGAGACCGGCAGUUUGAGACCAUAGUGGAGCUGAUGCAGGGGAAUGAGAUGAUACAGUCUGCAGUGUUUUGUGAAAGCCCCUCCCUCACUGAAUCCUCCGGCUGCCACCUCCCUUUAUCCCAGCAGCAUCUGGCACUGGAGCUGAGCGAUGCUAAAGCCAAGAUCAGACGCCUCCGACAGGAACUAGAAGAGAAGAGUGAACAGCUAUUGGACUGUAGGCAAGACCUAGAUAACGUGGAGGCGGAGCUUAAAAAGCUUCAGCAGGAGAACAUGCAUCUUUUAACAGAUGCACGAGCAGCCAGGAUGUACCGUGAUGAGCUGGACGCGAUGAAAGAAAGAGCCAUCAGAGCCGACAAACUGGAGAGUGAAGUGGCACGCUACCGAGAUAAACUUCACAACAUGAAUUUUUACAAGGUCAAACUAGAGGAGUUAAAAGAGGAUAAUCAGGUGUUGAUGGAAAGCAAGGUCAUGCUGGAGGAACAGCUAGAGAGCAUGAAAGCACGAUCUGACAAACUGCACCAUCUGGAGAAACACAACCUGCUGCUGGAAGCAAAAUUUCAUGACAUGGAGGAGGAACAAGCUGUUGACAGAAGACUCAUAGAGGAGUUGAUGGAGAGAAACGUUGAACUGGAGCUCUCUCACAAACGGACCAUGGAGGAGUCACAACGUCUCGGCUGGGAGCUGGAACAGCUUGACAAGAACCCUGAGCAGAAUUCAGUAACAGAGCGGAAGUCUUUAGGCCAGGAGGUCACAGAAAGAACAUGUAGCAGGUUGCUGAAAUUGGAAAAGGAGAACCAGAGGUUACUGAAGGCUUUAGAGGAACUUGAAGGAACCAGACUCUCAUCAGAUGGCUUACUUUCUUAUUCAAGUCAGGGGUGCCCUGCAUACCACCCAUCUCUAAGAGCUUUGGAGAUUGACAUCAACGAGCAAGGAGACAAUGAAAGUAAUCACAAAUUAUGGGAGAAGGAAGGAACAACAGAUGCUAAAUCUGAACAUGCAGAGGAAAAUGGCAGAAUGGAUUUAGCGGAUUGUAAGACUACCGAGUCUUCUCCCGGCAUUGCCACCAGCCACAAUAGCCAAAUGACGGCACAGAUCCAGAUUACCAGUGACACACUACAUCUUCAUGAAUCCUUGGAAGACAGUGUAGGCAAGAUCCAUUGUCUUGAAUCAGAACUUUAUAAGCUUGAGUUGCAGAGAUUCAAGUUAGUCUCCAACAAACACGAAGGACUGGAGAUAGAAAAGCAAGAUCAAGUUCUGGAGAAUGGCCAUCUAGAGCCAGAAAAGAGUCAUUUGAAGAAGGAAAAUCUGAGACUACGACAGCAAGUGAAGAUCCAGGAGGUGUCUUUGGAAAGCAGUGGCUUGAAAUUGGCAGUUUUACAGAAAGAGAACCGUAAUAUGGUUAAGAAGGUUAACUGUCUUACUGAGGUCUAUGCCAACAACAAAGACUUGAAGAAGAAAAAUCAGGAGCUUCUUCAGCAGACUGCGAUGAACAAGAAGUUGCUGAACACUGAGCUGCUUGACCAGAAGAUGAAAGCUCAGCAGAAGGAGAACGAUCUUGGCAAAGUGACUUACGAAUUGGAGAAGCUGAGGUUGAAGCAGCUGACACAAAUAGGAGAUCGGGAGUCGUUGGACCAGAACAUGGGUCAAAAGUUGGAUUCAGAGCUGGAGUCUUCUCUGAUGAAGUCUCUAAAGAUUAAAAAGGAGAGAAUGACCAGUUUAGAGGCCCAUCUUCAGGAAUCAACCAAGAUAAACCAACACUUACAGCAGGAUCUCAAGACUAUCAAACAGAACUAUGAGGCUUUGCUUAAGAGGCAGGAGGAGGAGGAGAACGCAGAUCAGAGCUCUCCAUCAGAGAGGGAGUGGCAAAGAGAGAGCCAAAAAGCCACAUGGGCGUUGCUGAAGGUCAAAGAUCAACUUAUAGACGUGGAGAGAAACAAUGCAACGUUAUUGGCAGAAAAGCAGGCAUUGCACACUCAGCUGCAGAGCUUGCAGACGCAGUCAGAUGAGUUGCGAGCUCAAAUAGUUGCAUUGCAACAGCAGACGGCAUCAUUGCAGGAGAGCAACACAACUCUGCAGAAACAUAACGCACAACUGCAAGUAGAGAAGUCCACUGUGUCUACCCAGAAUGCCUCUCUAAUAGCCCAUAAUGCUCAGCUGCAGCGGGAGCAUCAAAGAUCAGAUGCCGAGAAGGAGGCUGCGGUACAAGAAAGAGAAGAUCUGCGUACCGUUAAUGAACUCCUCCUGCGAGAUCACGAGAGACUGAGCGUCCUGCACGAGAGACAGGCGGCCGAGCUGGAGGUCCUUUCACACAGAUACUCCACACUGGAGAGCGGCCAUCGAACACUGGAGAUUGAACACAGAUCACUGGAGGACAGAUAUGACACCCUACUUCAUCAGAGAGCUCACCUUGAGGGUUUUGAGAGAGCUUUGAGAGAGGAACAACACAAGAUGCAGGAUGAAAUAUUAACACAAAGAAACACAACUGCAGAAUGCCAUAGACUACGAGAUGAGAAGGACUGGCUGAACCAGACCUAUCAAAAGCUGUUAGCAGAAAAUGAGGGACUUCAGGCGGAGCACAGCGACAUGAAGAGUCAGCUGAACUCCAGCAAACUGGAGCAGAAACAGCUGGAGUCUGAGCUUUUCAAACUCAAAGAGCACAACCAGCACCUGGACAUCAUCACCAUUAAACUGAGCAACCAGUGUGAGUUGCUGACCCAGCUGAAGGGGAACUUGGAGGAAGAAAACCGACACUUGUUGGACCAGAUCCAGAGUGUGAUGCUGCAGAACCGGACCCUGCUAGAUCAGACCAUGGAGAGCAAGGACCUGUUCCACGUAGAACAAAGACAAUAUAUAGACAAACUGAAUGAACUUCGGAGGCAGAAGGAAAAGUUGGAAGAGAAAAUCAUGGACCAGUAUAAGUUCUAUGACCCAUCACCUCCACGCAGACGAGGAAACUGGAUUACGCUGAAGAUGAGGAAGCUGAUGAAAACUCGAAAUCGGGAACAUUCCUCUGCACCUCCCCUCCGCUCCGAGUCCUGUGAGGGUCUGGAUAACCUGCGUUGCCGUGACAAUGGUUCCUUCACCGGUUCCCAGGGCUCAGAAGAAUCUGGCUCCAACUCCCUGAAUGGUGAUGGUUUCUCCCCCAGGAAGAGCAGCAUCAUCCCAAAGAAAAUGUUUCAUGUUAAACGUAACAGAGCAAAGGAUAAAGACAAAGCCAAGUCCCUCUUCCGUCGAUCUCUGUCCAUGAAUGACCUACUGAAUACCGAGGAGGAUUUGGACGAAGACUCUGAACAGCCGGAGAGACGAGCAGAAGAAAACAUAUUACAGCACUCCAUUGCCAUGUCAAUACACUCCACAUCAUCACCAUCAUCCAUACAUCAUUACUGUUCCAUAGACAGUCAUAAAACCGUUCUCGAUGAAGGUAAAGAUACAAUAGCACAAUGUGUUACAAAUGGCCAUGAAGACCAAAAUCAUGCAGGUUUAAAUGGUAAAUCAAGUCGCGCCCCCAGUGCGAGCAGUGGCGAGUUUAGUUUGAGUUUGGAGAAUGAAGCUUGGUCCAGUGACAGCAGCCCACAUCCGGACCCACUCUACAAAAAUCACAGAACCAGCAUCUCCUCUUCUCCAGCUCAACCCGGUCACGAGGAGUCCAGACAGUGUUGUUCAUCAGCGAGUGGAGUACAGAGAUCCAGCAGUGGGAGAUCUACUGGAGAUACCCCGGACAAACCGGGCAUCGGUUUGUAUAAAACUCAAAGUGUUCAAAGCACGGAGGGUGAUCCAAAACUCGAGACCCAAGAAAAGUCUUCCUCCGUAUCUGGCUGUUUGAAUUGCUUCGUCUCUCCGAUGCGAAGCCCCAAGACGGGCCAGGCUCUUUUCAGUUUACCUCGUGCCAGCUGUGUCAUCUCCACAUCAGAGGGCAACAGUCGGCGCGCAAGCGUCCACAGCACCACUUCUGGGAAAUCUGUGGCAUCUCAAAUGACUCCAUCUGAGCCUAGCAAGGGCGAUUUAGAAGAAACCCCAGACUUGGAAGAGGAGGACAGAAAACCAGAAAUUGUUUUAGACUCUGCAUUCACCAUAGAUUCAGUCUUUACAAACACUAUUUUUAGCGAGUCUACUUAAAUAACAAUCACACCAGGAUCUAAACACCCCAUACAUUAAUGUAUUUGGCAGAUGCUUUUAUCCAAAGCAACUUAGGCUGGAUUUACACUGCAAAUCUAGAUGCCAAAUUCCGAUUUGUUGUCUCUAUCCGACUCGCUUACAUCAUCUUUUAAAAGCGACUCGUAUAUGAUAUCACCAUUUACACUAAACACUUGAAAAGGCAAUUCAAGGUAGGCAUACUGACCCGGAAAGGCUUGAAAUACAGAGGAAGUUAAAUGUCACGAUACAGACAAUAUAUAUAUAUAUAUAUUUAUAGACAAUAUAAUAUUUUAAUUAAUAAUUAAAAAUCAGGUUAUAGAGAUUUAUUUCUGUAAGAAAAAAAUUAUGUGAUCGCGGUUGGUGUCCACCUGAGUUGACAUAAUUUGCCAGCGUUGCAUUUUCAAUAAUGCACGUCACGUCUUGAGAUGGGAAUAUCUGAUCUGUCGUCUUACAUUGCGGACGCGAAUGCAUGUAUCCGAUUCAUAUCCGAUUUAUUUCCACAUAUGAAUGAGGCCUGAAACCGAUCUGAGAAUAUCGGAAUCUGCGCUUUUUGCUUGCUUAUACGUUUGUGGGUCAACUUCGAUCUGUGCCACAUGAGGGAAAAAUCGGAAUCGAGUCACUUCAAACAUGCAAUGUAAAUGCAGUCUUACAGGGCAUUCAAGUAUUAUAUUUUAUUACUAUGUUUGAUUAUUGGAAAUCAAAUCAACAACUUUUACUCCAGUCCUCUACCAAUUGAGCUACAGGAAAACUAGGAAGUUAAUCCCUGCUGGAGAGAUUAUUGCCUAGACCAGCAUGGUUAUCCAUAUGUUGCAGUGGCAGCCAGUGACUUCUUUUUUUUGAGGGAGCACGAUGCGAAGUUCGUCACAACAUGUAUGUAGCCCGUCAUCUGUGUGGUUCGUAAUUUCAAAAUAUGUGUUCUGCCCGUCGAGUGAACCUGUGUGCAUCACGCGUCUUGUCAAAAUAAGUGCCUGCUGCAGACUAAAGGGUUUAUGAUAAAAGAGACGGACUUCAGAUGGGUUUUCACAGACAGGGGUGUCACCAGUUGUGAACUAUAUGUGACAAGCAACCAUUAACAAAAGAAAAAACUCCAUGGGAGCUGGAAAAUGAGUAUUUUUUCACACAAAAAGUGGAGUGUCCCUUUAACUUCUACCUUAAACUGCUCCUGAUCUGUAAUAGACUUUUCAGAAACGAUUUGGUAUCAUACCAUUCAUUUUUCCUUAUAACUGUCUAUUCGUAUUUUCAUGUUCUUUUGUUUAUGUUUCAGAGUAUCUCAAUUAUUUUGUUUGUGUUUGAUGUUUGUGUUAAAGGUCCAAUGUGGUUUUUUUUUGUGGCAUCUAGUGGUGAGAUUGCGAAUUGCAACCAACAACUCACCCCUCAAUUUCAAAAACCCAUAUGGUAGCUGCCAUAGGACAAACAUUUCGUCGUCUGAGACCAUGCAAAGUCAAAAUGCCCUUUGUAGAGCAGUUUGUCCGUUUAGGGCUAUUGUAGAAACAUGGUGGCAACUUCCAUAAGGGGACCCAGGGGUGUAUGUAGAUAAAAACGGCUACAGUUCAUUGUUUAGGGUCUUUAUACAUCACUGAAUAUUUAUGUAUAUUAUAUUCCAUUUCUGUCCCACACUGCACCUUUAAAUAGUCCUCUUUGUUAUGAAUUUUGAAAAUUCGUGUUAUUCUACAAAUGACACAUAAACAAUAGUCAGUGGAGAUACACGUGUCUCAGCCCUUUUGUACAUAAAAGAUAAAACUGUACCGCCAUCCUGCAGAAUAAAGAGAAAAAUGCCCCUUGUCUUUGUUGA